GAGUACUGCAACACUGUGCUCCCUAUAUGCAAUUUAAUAUGCGUCAUCCACAGUUCGCCCCGUAGUAUAUAAACGACGGAGCGGACCUACUCGAGAUUAGUGUCUCACAUCAAGUUGCCGAAACCAGUAGCCAUGGUGAAUCCAGUAGCAUACGCUUCGUCUAAUACAUUGCAACAGUGCAAUGUAUCGGCGAUAAUGGACGAAUUCGCGGACGAAUUAGAGACUUUGAAUGGAAAGUGUAUGGACAUCGGUUGUGGUCCUGGAGACAUUACAAGAAAUAUCGUCUUGCCGGCUCUCAGUCCAACGGCUGUAAUGAUCGGUACGGACAUUUCGGAAGACAUGAUCCAGUACGCUAAUGAGAAAUACGGUGACAACGUGCGAACCGCGUUCGAAGUGUUGGAUGUACAAACUAAAUUUCUUCCUAAGGAGUAUGUUUCCGAGUUUGAUCACAUAUUCUCAUUUCACGCUUUGCAUUGGUGCAGCGAUAUACGACAAGCGUUUAGCAACAUUUAUGAGAUGUUACAACCCGGCGGGACCAUACUUAUGAAUCUAGUAGCGUCUCAUGAUAUAUUUGAUGUUUUCAACCAAAUAUCGCAAAAUCCUCGCUAUGCUUCCUACAUACCGGACAAGAAAAGACUCGUUUCGCCAUUUCAAUAUUCAACUGAGCCGCAGAAAGAAUUAAAAAAUAUGCUUAAAAGUGUCGGAUUCGAUGUUCUACAUUGUAGUCACCGGGAAACGACUUACUUGCACGUGAAUUCGCACACAUUUCUGCCCGCAAUAAUGUCCUUUAUAUCAUUUUUGGAUAAUAUGCCGAAAAAUUUGAAGACAGACUUUUACGAGGAAUUCAAAAGUGAAUAUAUGCAAAGAAAAGUGAUCUUCAAAAGACGACAAAAUAAUGAGGAGCAAACGGUCAUAUUGGAUAUGUACAGAGUUCUAGUACUUUAUGCGAAGAAAUGAAGAUCGUACACGCAGAAUUAUCUUCGCACAUAGAAUUCAUUCACAUUCGCAUAAAUCCUUAAAUAUUUAUAUAAAAAGGCCACCGUCCUUAUUUAUUAAUAUAUAAUCAUAUUUAUAUAUUUAUAUUAUAUUUAUUAAAACUAUUUAUAUCAUUAUUAUUUAUGAUGAAGCAUUUGUAAUUUAUCUUGAUUUAAAUGGUUUGUGGAAAAAUAUUCCUGUUCCAUACUA